AUGGCGCGCUCCAUCAUGCCUGCUUCUCCCUUUGGGGGAAGGGAGGGGAAAGGUGGGAUGUGUGCGCCUUGUGACGAGCUCGCAGCUGUGCCAGGCGUUUGUUGUGUUUCUGGUCAACCGCUUGCUCAGUUCAUGUCUUCCAAGCCUGCCUCCCAAAGUAUGCCGGAGCAAGCGGCAAAGCCAAAGGAAAUGGGCGAAGAUGACAGGCAGCGAUCUGCUGCUGAGGAGGUUUCGGGGGAGCCGGACCAGCAGCAAGAAUCUCCAGCUCCUGUGCUGGACAAGGAUGCUCCAGAUCUCUCUCCGGACUCUGGGGUCCUGGACGUGCCACUAGCCCCAGAGGCAGAAUCUGAUGAGUCAAAAGAGACCAAGAACUCCGAUUCCAACGAGAAUCAAGAAAAGAAGUCGUCGCAAAAGAGUAGUAUCAGUGAUAGCUUUAUUUCAGCUAAAGUGAGUGAUGGGACAAAUAGUCUGGGUAAGACCAGUGGUAGUGCUAAGACCAGUGGUCGAGAUUUCACCGAGAGUGGCAAGAGCAGCAUGUGCCGUGUGAGUGCAAGCAGUGACUUGAGUGAUGAGAGCUCCUGCAGCAGUAUGAGCAGUGCCACCACAAAGCCGCACAAAGGGAAUGAUUCGAGGUGGGAGGCCAUCCAAGUGGUCAAAUCCAGGGAGGGCGUUCUUGGUCUGAACCAAUUUAGGUUGCUUAAGAAGCUGGGUUCUGGUGAUAUCGGAAGUGUGUAUCUCUCUGAAUUGAGUGGUACCAAGAGUCACUUUGCAAUGAAGGUGAUGGAUAAAACAUCUCUGGCUAGUCGGAAGAAGCUGCUCCGGGCACAGACCGAGCGGGAGAUACUGCAGUCCCUGGAUCAUCCAUUUCUGCCGACCCUAUAUACUCAUUUUGAGACGGACAAGUUUUCGUGUCUGGUUAUGGAGUUCUGCCCUGGAGGGGACUUGCACACCCUUCGACAAAGGCAGCCUGGAAAACAUUUUUCAGAGCAAGCAGCAAAGUUCUAUGUAGCAGAGGUGCUCCUUGCAUUGGAGUACCUGCAUAUGCUUGGGAUUAUAUACCGUGAUCUCAAGCCAGAAAAUGUUCUAGUCCGGGAGGAUGGGCACAUCAUGCUGACUGAUUUUGACCUAUCUCUUCGUUGUUCAGUGAGCCCAACCGUGAUCAGGGGUGCAAAUCCUGGCUUAGAUGCGCUGCAGAGGAAUAAUGCAGCGUACUGCGUCCAGCCUGCUUGCAUUCAGCCAUCCUGUGUUGUUCCAACCACAUGCUUUGGUCCUCGAUUCUUCUCGAAAUCCAAGUCCAAGUCAAAGUCUAAGAAGGAGAAGCCAAAGCCGGACAUCGUGAACCAGGUUAACCUAUUCCCUGAGAUGAUCGCCGAGCCAACUGAUGCUCGGUCCAUGUCCUUUGUGGGCACCCACGAGUACCUGGCCCCAGAGAUAGUGAAAGGGGAAGGCCAUGGCAGCGCGGUGGAUUGGUGGACCUUCGGCAUAUUCUUGUAUGAGCUACUGUUCGGCAAGACCCCUUUCAAGGGUUCAGGCAACCGGGCGACGCUUUUCAACGUCGUCGGUCAGCCCCUGCGGUUCCCAGAGUCCCCGCUAGUGAGCUUCUCGGCAAGGGACAUGAUAAGGGGACUACUGGUCAAGGACCCGCAGCACCGGCUGGGCCACAAGCGUGGGGCCACGGAGAUAAAGCAGCACCCCUUCUUCGAGGGCGUGAACUGGGCCCUUAUAAGAUGCGCGAGCCCUCCGGACAUACCCAAGCCUGUGGAGCUGGACUGCCGCCCGAAGCAGGCCCCGUCGGCGAACGGGAAGGUCGCGCCGGCCUCCAACCAGAAGGGCUCGGACAACUAUCUAGAGUUUGAGUUCUUCUAG